AUGGCCUAUUGGCUGGCGUCGGGUGCCAGCUACCUGGCGGGACCCGUCUACAAUUGGGCCGUCGACAGUUGCGUACAAAAGCAAGAUAUGGAGGCGUUGAAGGCAAAAAUCCACGCGUACAAUGAGAGGACAAAGGAAAUCCCCGAACGGUUCGACUAUAUGCUGAUGGAGAUCGAGGAAAUGGGACUGACGUGGGAUCAGUUCAAUUUGUACAUGCUCUACUUGAUCGAGAAGAGGAGAAAGCCGACUUUCGAGGAGAUCAAGGCCAAAGUCGAGAAGUCACUGGAAGAGAAAAAUGAACCGGUGGCAAAAUUCGAGUCUUUCAUUGACGGGGCCGAGGCGAUGGACAUCACCUGGGACGAGUUUAACCUAUUUAUUGUUGACCGAUUGGAGCAGAUCAGACGACGCCGUACGCGCGAGGACCGAAUUACGGGUUGGGAGCUGGCGCACCGGAGGUUGAUCCAUGCGCGUGAUACGCUAACUCCUUCUGGAUUUGCUGAUUGGGCCGCGUCGAACGCGCAACUGGUACGGGAUUUUGUGGGUGACGCCCUCGUUCCAACCGCCGUCCAGAAUGCCGUCAAAACACUCUCCAAAUUCUAUUGGCCCGCCGAA